GUAUCAUAUCUCAGAUAUGUCGCUGCACCCCAUCUUAUCAAUACUCACGUCACUCACGAAGGCUCAUCUCUAAGAAGUUGUCGAAAUUAAAAUUUGAGCGUCUUUCUUGUAAAAUUGUUUAAAAGCAGCAUAAAUCCAUUAAAACUACCAAUGUUCAUGUAAUCUUUAAGGCCACUCAAGAUAUGAGCGACACGGAGAGCGCCGAGGUCGAUGGAGACCUGGGGGAUGAGAUAUACUCAUCGGACAGCAGGGAUUCCGUUCAGCCCGUAGUGCGAUUUCCAAGCAGGCUCAGAAUUGUCACCCAGGACGAGCUCCUUUUCAAUCCUGGUGGGGACAACGCUGACGGUAGUUCCAUUGACGACGUCGAGUCCGUCGGAUCGGCAGACCAAGGACGAGCUUCCAAUUUCCAACUCAGCGAUGAGGACUACAUGGAUGAUGAUAACGUGCCUCCCAUAUUGCGUGGCCCAAACAGGCGAAGAAGAAUUGUCACCCGGAACGAACCAGUAGGAAAUCCCAGUCUAGACGACUUAGCGGACGGUAGUUCAGUUGACGAAGUGGAGUCUGUGGAAUCGGCAGACCAAGGAGGUAGCUCCGACGACAUGCAGUUCAUCGACAGACUGAUAUUCGAAGUCAGGGUGGCGAGAGCCUUGAAUGAGAUGGUCGAGCCGCGCUACAAUCGUGAAGACGAAGCAGAGCCGAGUGUCAAUCAGGAGGGCCAAGAAGGAGGACCUGUGGAGGAAGAUUCAAAUGAUAACCAAGAGGUGCCCGUUGACGAGCAGGUUCCGCAGGAAGAGCCGCAACCGCCAAUGGAAGCUCAAGCAGAGCCAAGCAUAGAAGAUGCCGCUCCAAGGCCAAGUCCACCGCGCAUUUCUCGACGAUCCCAAGCCCAGGAACCCGUUGUUAUCUCAUUGGACUCCCCAUCUCCUCCCAAAAAGCGAAAGCGAGUGUCUUCCGCGAACACAAGUCUGAAGAAGUCGCCGGAGAACAAACCCCCCGCAAAUCUUGACGAUGAGGACGACGGCCUGACCUGCCCCAUUUGCCUGGACUCCUGGGAGAUGAGCGGUGAUCACCGUUUAGUAUCCCUUCGGUGCGGCCACCUCUUUGGGGAAUCAUGCAUCCGUCGCUGGCUGAACGAAAGUCAACGCCAGUCCUCUGUGAAGGUCUGCCCCCAGUGCAAGACCAAAGCCACUUUCCGCGAUAUUCGGCAUCUGUAUGCCAAGCGCAUUCAGAUGGUGGACACUGAGAUAAGGGAGCAAUUGGAAACUGAGCGCAGGCGUACACAAACUUUAACGACAGAGCUGGCAACCGCCAAGCUGGCUCACACACUGACCGCCGAGAAGUUAUCGGCUCUGCAGAGGGAUUACGAUCGGAUCAAAGAGCUUUUGCGAGCUGGAGGGAGUCGAGGAGCCUUUUCUGGCGAGGGAGCCGGUAGUGCCGGGCAGGUAGGCAUCAAUCAACUGGCCUCCCACCGGCUGUAUAUGGAGAAAAACUUUGAAAUCACCCGGGAACCGGGAUGUCGGGUGUUGCUAUAUUCCGCCAAACACUCAAUACUGGUGGCUUCCCAAAAAAGUGCCCAAAACCUGUUUCCCGGCUAUGGAGUGCGCUUCAUCGACCCGCCAACGUUUAGGCCGCUGCACUUUCUCCACACCUCCGCCCUGUUGGUGAGGGAUAUUGCCUUUAGCGAGUCGCAGCACAUGCUCACCGUGGCCAGCCGGGAGCCGAAGAUCAAACUGUUUGACAUUCGGACAAGACUGUGCUCCUCCAUGUUCACGGCACACGACAAGAUGCUAUGGUCCUGUGCUCUGGACAGGAACGAGCGGGAGCACUUCUUGUAUGGCGGAGAUCUGCGCGGUGGAGUCUACAUCUACGAUACAAGGUUUCCGGAAACCAUACUCAGCGAGUUCCAAGCGGAAGAAAACUUUAGUCCUGUGAUACACAUUGUUGCGGUGCCCCCGAACAAGACUUUCUCCAGUGGUGGCUUCCUGGUCUGCCAGCUCACCGCACUGACCUUCUACGAGUAUGAAGCGGCCAGUGAAGCUGCGGUCGCAACCCGGCUCAACGUGGAAGGACCCUUCCUCUCCAUGCAGUACGAUUCCGUGCUGGACACGCUGCUGAUCUCUGCGAGAUCCAAUUCCAACGCACCCCAGUCCCGGUUCAUUCUCGGGAAGUUAGCCAAAAUGGACAAUACCCCGGUGCUGAAAGUGAUGGCCACAGUUUACGGUUCAAAGGCCACACCAAUUAUGACACGUCCGACCCAACUGGGCGUGGAGGAUAACACCCUGAUUGUGGGUUAUCUGCAGGACACAAAACAGCUGAUGAUGCACGACGUGCGACGGGAGGAGCGCGUUCAGACGAUGCCUGUUAACGAGGUUAUCUACGAUAUCUGUCCAGUGGCCACCCAGGCGGGAUCCUACCUGGCCGCCCUCACCGACAACAAGUGUCGCGUCUACAAGGUCAACAGUUCUAAGCGAUGAUACGAGCGCAUGUGUUUUCCAUGAAAAUGCCCAAAGAGAAUUUUUUCUAUUCGAUUUCUGUGAAAUGCCAGAACGAACUUUUGGAUAGUUCAUAAUUUUUAAGUUAAGUUUUUCAUAUUUUUCCUUUUUAUUAAACAACUCGCGUACAAGUUUUCUCUGAACAUAAAUUUAAGUGUACUUCAUGUUCCAAUUUUUGAUUCUGGAUUUCAAUUUUGAAUGUUCGUAGUCGUCGUUCGGUUGUGAUUGAUUAAGUUUUGUAAAAAAACAAUAGAAAAUGUUGGUUCGAUUAAUAAUAUACAUAUAAAGCUAUACAAAAAUGUGUUAUCCAUACAAUAUCCUUUUUGUGUUUAAAUACAUACUAUAUAUGCGCAUUUAUAGAUGCUCCUAAGCGAAGAUUUGGGAAUGAGCGAAUAGCUGGACAGUCUCUGAAAUGUUUUCAACAUUUGUUCAAUACAAUAUAGUAUUUGGAAAAUUCCUCGUUCUCAGAGGGGCGAUCUAACUAAGUCUAAAUGAAUUCGGUUUACUUCUUGAGUCUUCAAGUCUUGAGUAUUGUAAAAAUUGUAUCAAAAAGGUUAAAUCGUUGGUCGUUUGCUGGUUACUUUUCUAUUAUGUUUUUGAGAAAAUCAAAAACCUCUGUGGCCUGUGCUCCUACAAUAUAGUUGUAUAUGGUUUAUAGUUAUACGUAUAGAUUAGUGUUUUUUUGUUUUUUUUUUUGGGUAGUUGAAAGACGCAGAUCUAUACUUUUCAAGUAUAAUUUUGUAUAUUUUGUUGUGUUUUAUUUGUGGUUUUUGUGUGUUGUCUGUGUGUGAUUUGUGUUCUUUAUAGUUAAGAUUAGCGAAUAUACGUAAUGUCGAGACGUAUGGAGUCAGCUUAAAGAACUUAAACUUAAACUGCAAGAGAACUAAAUGUACAGUAAUCCGAUAGACAUAUCUUUAUAUAUAUAUAUAAACACUAGAUUCACUUAGGCUAUACUAAACUCGAAACGAAGUCGGGGGGAAAAACGAAGAUCUAGAACUAGCCAACUGAGGAUUGGAAAACAGUCAAGAUUUUCUCGAAUUUUGCCGAAGAACUUUCUCAAAAGAAUAUAGAAAUGUUUGAAUGA